GGCUAUGGACGUGGAUAGGUGGAUAGCUACUUUUAUGGCUAUCUAUUGCUGCCGCUGUAUGGGCAUAUUUCUAUUGUUAUUGCCGUAUGGGCAUAUUUCUAUUGCUGUUGCCGUAUGGGCAUAUCUCUAUUGUUGUUGCUAUAGUUUGCUGAAUUUUAUCGGUGUAUAUAUAGUUAGUUUGAGACGUUGGGAGUUUAGCUUUUUUUUUCUUUUUUAUAUAUUGAUUGAUUGAUUAA